AUGAUUAACAAUAACAAUAUAAAUUCAUUAUUAAAAACAAAUGGAGACAAUUCAAUUUAUUGUUUAAAUCCCCUAACUUUAUUUAAUAUUCAAAAAGCCCAACAGACAGAUUUAAAUGAAAUAUUAGAAUUUAUUUUUGCUGAUUUUCUUUUCGCAGAACCAUUAAAUAAUUCUUUGGGAUUAACACGUUUUGAAUCUGAAAAAUUCUUUGAAAGUUUGGUUACAAUUUCAUUGAAAAAAGGUUUAAGUUAUUUAGUUAAAGACCCAAAUUCAAACAAUAAAUUAAUUGCAAUUCGUUUAACUUCAAUUAUUAAAAGAAAUAAAAAACAAGAAAAUGGAGAAAUAAAUGGAGUAAUGAAUGAAUCUAAUUUGUAUGCUAAAGAAUCGUUAAAUGUACAGAAAAUUAUUGGAAUUUUAAAUGCUGUCGAGUCUAAGACAUGGGAUUUAGUGCCUUCAACAAUAAAUUGUUUAGCUUCUUGGCUUAUAAUUUCGGUCAGUAGUGAUUAUAAACGAAGAGGAAUUGCUGAAGCUCUUUUAAAUUAUAAUUUAGAGGAAAUGGAGAAAUUUGGAUGUCAAGGAUUAAUUGCAGAAGCUAGCGCUUUUAAUUCACAAAAAUUAUUUCAAAAAAUGGGAUAUUCUAGACUUUUUGAAAUUAAACAUUCUGAUUGGAAAGGUGAAGAUGGAAAACAAAUAUUUAAUUGUAAAGACGGAACAGACAAAAUAACCCUUGAAUUUAAACAAUUUACUAAAAAUGUUAAAGAAUUUAUUUAAAUUUUUGUUAAUUAGUAA